AAAAUGACCAGGACGAUGUCGGGGCGCUGUAUAGAAUCGACUACAGAAGUGUUCAGUCGCAUCACCAUGUACGCGCUUGUGUGCUUAAGUCUCCUAGCUUGUGCCUUCGCGGCACCCCAAUACCAUUUCCGGCCACCGCCUCGCCACCACCACCAUGAACAUUACCACGGCUCCGACUUGGACGACUUCAUGACCGACGAUGUUUUCGACACCGGAAGAUUCUUCAAAGACUUCAACAGAGAAAUGGAACAGCUUGAAAAGGCGAUCGAAGAACUCGUGAAGCACUUCCCCACUCAAGCGACAUCUGGUCUACAAGGCAACCAGUACAAAAUCAACAUUAACCUGAGCGGUUUCGACGAGAAAGAGAUCUCGGUUAAAGCCAGAGAAGGUUUAGUGAUGGUCCAGGCCGUUCACAAGACUGAAGAGGGGGGCGAGAGGAGCUACUUGGACGUGAGGACGCUUCCGUCAUUCGUUAAAACUGAUACUGGUAGCUGGACGUAUGGGGAGGACCUUUUGAAGAUCGUGUUCGAUGUUAAAGAGGGUACAGGAACUGAAGUUGCGGGAUCCACGGAGGCUGCUGUAGUGACCGAGGCCCCUGACCGCGAGGAGAUAGAAAGCCAAGAGAACGACAAUACUAACCAAGACGCUGACGUUGGCGUUCGAGGGGACACGGAACUCAUCACCAACGAGAUCCCUAAGGAGCAGACCGUGGAAGCGACCACAUACGCUGUUGACUUUAAUAAUGAGGUUGAGUUUGUGCCUGUGCGUUUGAACCCAAUUAAGCAGUAAUUUAAAGAUUGUUUACAAAAUACUUAAUUUGUUUAUUGAACAAGAUAAAUUAUUUUUGAUAAUUGAGACUAACACAGAUGAAGUGGCGAAUCUAUUUAAAGUUGUAUAAAAAGUGCUAUUAAAGUUUAAGUUAUUAAAUAUAAAUAAAAAGUAAAAUACCUACGCCA